GUUUCGAGCAGCAGUUCGAUCAUUUAGUCUUUUUUCCUUUAUAUCAGUAUAAACACUAUAGUAAAGUAAUAUGGCAGACGAAGAAGAUCCAUGGGGUUUCGACGACGGCGGCGAGGAGGAGAAGGCGGCAUCCACCCAGGCGGGCACUCCGGCUCCACCCUCGAAAGCACCGAGUGUGGCAUCCGAUCACAAGGCUGAUAGCGUCGUGGCUGGCACUCCGGCCAACGAGGAGGCUGCUCCGGAAGAGGUUGAAGAAAUCAAAGCACCGCCGCCUCCGCCAGAAGACGAUGGAUACAGGAAACCGGUGCAGCUCUACCGCCACUGGGUCAGGCCGAAGUUUCUGCAAUACAAAUACAUGUACAACUACAGAACCAACUAUUACGAUGAUGUAAUUGACUAUAUCGACAAAAAACAAACUGGAGUGGCCCGGGAAAUACCAAGACCACAGACGUGGGCGGAACGUGUCCUGCGCACACGGAAUAUCAGUGGCAGUGACAUUGAUUCGUAUGCACCGGCAAAGAGGGACAAACAACUAAUCCAAACACUGGCGGCCUCGAUAAGAACUUAUAAUUACCACACCAAGGCAUAUAUCAACCAAAGGUAUGCCAGUGUCCUUUGAAUGUACCAAUAGAACCGUCGGACGAACGGAUGAGCACUCGUAGUUAUAUAAAGGGUAACCAGCCGUUGUCAAAAGAUCCAUACGUAUGUGUAUAGUCAGUCAGUAAGCGUUUGCAUAUCUGCGCAUCUCAAAACUCUGUAUCCUGAAUCUGCCUUAUGGAGUGGAACCUUUCAAGAAAACGAAUAUUGUAUAUUUUCUUACAUGCGUAAUUUCUGUUAAUAUAUUGCCAUAUGUACUUAUUCAUAUAUAUUAACACAACUUACCUCUCAAUACAUGGUAUUUUUAAGGUUACUUACUUCAUUUCUAGCAAAGUGAGUAAAUAAAACAAACUUAUUUAUAUUGUAAAGCUUAAAAUAAAAA